AUGCCGCCCGCAGCGAGCUCGACAGCCGCAGCGUAUGUGCAGUCCAACGUCGGCGCAUCCACGUCGGCUACCGCAACGGCGGCAACAGUGACGAACGCUGACGGUGGCAGCAGCACAAGCGAGUUGUCUCGCCAUUCUCACUCUGUUGCUCAACAGGCCCACCAAGGCAGCAGCAACAGCAACAACAAGGCGCUCGUCGGCUCGCGGCGCGGCACGCGCUCGUCACGCCGACGCUCUGUCUCGGACCACAUCCGCAACAGCAAGGGCGUUCCCGUGUACACCGACGCGGACCAUCCGCUCGCACCGGCGCGGCUCGCCGCGCGUGGCUACCACAGUUUCAGCUGUCUCGGCGUGCCUUUCUACGUCAACCGCCGCUACCGCUUCAUACGCGAGCUUGGUAUCGGCGCAUAUGGCUGCGUCGCGCUCGCGCGGGACCUGGUGCUCGAUUGCAAUGUCGCCAUCAAGAAGGUGACCCGCGUUUUUGAGCGUGACGUACUCGCGCGCCGCGCGUUGCGCGAGGUCGCCAUUCUGCGGCACCUCAGCCUGUGCGAUAACGCGACGGUUUUGCUCGAUUUCGACGCCUCGUUCGUGCAGUUUGGCGAGAUCUACUUUGUCCUCUCCGCCUCCGAAGCGGACCUGUCGCAGAUCAUCCGCUCCGGCCAGCAGCUGUCUGACGCGCAUCUGCAAUACUUUACCGCCCAGAUCCUCCGCGGAGUCCGCUACAUGCACAGUGCGCGCAUCAUCCACCGCGACCUCAAGCCCGGCAACCUGCUCGUCAAUGCAGACUGCGCACUGCGACUCUGCGCAAGCCCAAAGCUCAAAGUCCGCACGACCCGCCUUGACUUCCCGGGCGGGCCGCUGACCGAGUACGUCGCCACGCGCUGGUACCGCGCUCCAGAAAUCAUGCUCUGUUUCAAAGAGGGCUACGGCCCAGAGAUCGACAUGUGGUCUGUUGGCUGCAUCCUCGCUGAGCUCAUCGGCGGCCGGCCGAUCUUUGCGGGGAAGGACUACGUCGACCAAAUCGCGCGAAUCAACAACGUCCUCGGCACGCCCGCACCCGAGACAAUUGCCAAGAUCGGCUCGGCGCGCGCUAAGACGUAUGUGCAGAGCUUGCCGCAGAUGCCCAAGGUCCCGUUCGAGAAUUUGUACCCAAAGGCGUCGCCUGAAGCGCUUGACCUGCUCGGCCGCAUGCUCACGUGGGACCCGCACGAGCGCAUCUCGGCCGAAGACGCGCUGCAGCACCCAUGGCUCAAAGCGUACCACGAGAGCAACGCACGCUGGCUCCCGCCCGAGCCUUUCGAGCGCUUCGAGGACGUCGAGAUGAUCUCUAGCUUUAAGCAAUUCCAGGACGCGAUCGUCCGCGAGGCCGACGAGAUGCGCGCAGAGCUCGCCGCGCUCGACGUCGAG